GCAGGCAUAUGGCAAAGCUGGGUAAAGCUCAAAGAUAACAGAAAAUAGUUUUUAUUGUCGUCGGGUUUUGAGGGUUGCUUUGGGUUUGCGGGGCCCGAAAGUCCGAGGGGUCCGAGGUUUGCAGAGUAAAAUUGAGUGAAAAAUUCUCGCAAAAGAAUUUCAGUCAGACGUGCGAUCACGUUCAUGCCGAACGGAUGUAUCAUUACGGGAACAGUGUUAUAUUUCGCAUGAACGAUAUUAAUAAUUUAAAAAGUUCUGGUCAAGGCUCGUACCAAUAAUAGAAACUAAUCAGAUAUAUAAUAAAUCCAUAUAAUAAAACCAAAAAUGGAUGAUAAACGAGAGGGUCGUGAAGUUUUCACGAUACUAUUUUUAUGUUUGCUGUGGUACAUCGUUUCAAGUAGCAGCAAUGUCGUUGGAAAACUUUUGCUAUCGGAUUUUCCGUAUCCAAUGACAGUUACGAUGGUACAGUUAACGUCAAUAACUCUUUAUUCCGGGCCAUUCUUCAAUUUGUGGGGUGUACGUCAAUACAAGAAUUCAGAGGUCUCGUGGAAUUAUUACUUCAAACUCAUCGUCCCUCUGGCACUUGGAAAAUUCGUUGGGAACGUAUUUAGCCACGUCAGCAUUUGGAAGGUGCCCGUUUCCUAUGCCCACACUGUGAAGGCUACAAUGCCGCUCUUCACGGUCAUCUUGUCAAGGUUGAUACUUCGUGAGAAACAAACCUGGAAGGUUUAUAUAAGUUUGGGGCCCAUAGUCCUCGGAGUUGCGAUCGCUACUCUAACGGAGUUGAGCUUUAACAUGUUGGGAUUAAUCAGCGCACUUGCCUCCACAAUGGCAUUUUCUCUGCAGAACAUAUAUUCUAAAAAGGUACUUCACGACACUGGUAUGCAUCAUCUCAGACUACUUCUAGUGCUCGGAAGAUUAGCAUUAUUUAUGUUCUUGCCAAUAUGGUUGAUUUACGACCUCAAAGGUUUAGUUUACGGUACCAUGUCAGGGACAAUAGAGCCGAUAUCGACGAGAGUAUUAGGGCUUUUAUUCUUUGACGGUGUAUUAAGCUGGUUACAGAAUAUUGUAGCAUUUUCUGUUCUAUCGAUCGUAACGCCUUUGACUUACGCAGUUGCGAGCGCCAGCAAACGAAUAUUUGUUAUCGCAGUUACUCUAUUUAUACUUGGUAAUCCUGUUACAGGAUUGAAUAUAUUCGGCAUGACUCUCGCGAUAAGUGGUGUUCUAUGUUAUAACAAAGCGAAAUACGAUCAGAGAAGAAUGUUGAAAAAAGAGACAUUACUUCCGCGAUACACAGAAAUCAGUAAAACCGAAAAUAACUAUCAAAACGGUUGGGCAAGUGGAGCUCACCGACUUUACGCCGUUUAGUCAUCGAAUUUUCAUUGGAAAUGUUCCUUUCUUCAAUUUUCUAGUUCUUAUCAAUUACGGAAGAGCUCGCUAUUGUUUUCCAUGGCUUACGUUUGUGCCAGUUGAAUUUGAACUUUCAAGGAAAAUGUUAUCAUGUGAUAAGACAAUUUAUCAUGUGGAAUCAUCGUGCACAAGAAUGGGUUGGUUCCGAACUCUAAUAGACGAUGUAGCAAGUAUUGCGAUUAUUCAAUUUCUCUCGAAACUCGUCGAAAUGUUUUUAAAUUUGUAUCGUUUGAGUGUAAUGAAAUUCGUUUUUCUUCGCUUCAGUCAUUUUAUGUACAAAUUUUAGUCUGUCCACGAGACUUCAAUCAUAUAUUUGAUCGGUUCCGUAUUCUAAAUCAGCAGAACAUCUCCGGAAAAUUCCGGAUAAACGAAUUUUCGUUGCAUUUCGACUUUUUAUAUUGGAAGGUAGUUGAAAUUUUUGCUAUUCCUAUGAGAGAUUUCCAUUGUUAAGGUCGAUUUAUCACUCAUUGUUUCGUUUCGUUUGCGAGUCUCUUCAUAUUGACGCUCGAAAGCAAUUUCGAAAGAGUAUUCCAACAAUGUUAUUGUUUUUUUCAUCGAAUCGUUCUAACAUUUUCAUAAGAGAAUACAAUGCUCAGAGAAGUAUUAAUGACUAGAAAUAUCUUAAUUUGAGGAAACGAAAACGCUGUUUCUCAAAAUCGAACGAAAAUUCGUAGUAUCGUUUAUCAAGACAAUUUCUGUUGAAUUAAUGGGAAUAUACACUUCUAUCUAAGUGAGGGAAAAUCUUCAUUAGUUUAUAAAUUUUCUUUAAGUUAUGAAAUGUUUAAAAUUUCAUUUAUUCAUGCUCCAAAUUCUGACCUAAUGCAAAUUUCACUCUCGACAAUGAUUUGUGAAAAAAACAGUUGAAGGUGAAUAUUUUAUUAACAACUUAUAUUUUUUAAUAAUUAAUUAUCUGAGUCUGCAAAAAUCCGUUUGUCUACGAUUUGUUUUUACAAUAAUUGUUCGUGCUGUUUUUUCCAUUUAUGAUUAAGGUAGCAACUUCGUGGUAAGGACAAAUUUCCUAUCAACGUAGUACGUUUUAGUAAGCUUGAACAUUUGAUCGAGCCGAUUGCUGGUACGAUCGGAACUCGUUCAAUGAAAUAGCUUGAUCAAACGAUUGUUUCCAUUUGAAGGAUGAAUUUAAACGUCGAAACCGGUUGUUAUUAUUUACGUUACUCUUUUCACUUGACGCACGCCGUUCUUAUUACUUUGUUUAUUGUUGAGUAAAAUUGUUUGAUCUAGCAUUCGAAUCUCGUAUUUUGAUGCUCACUUUUGUAGAUAACAAAAAAAGGAACAUUGGAUUAGUUUUUCUCUUUAGAUGAUGACAAGAAAUUAUUUCUUUUCUAUAAAAAUAUUUAAAAUAUGUAAAAUUCUUCAGCCUGACGAUCGUCAUUAUUCGUGGCGAAGACUAUGAUAGAUGCUCUUACGAAACGGAGCCAAAUCACUUUCACUUAUAGAUUUUUUAUACAAUUUUCGUCUUGUUCAUUUGUUACUUUAAGUUGUUCACAUACGAAAUUAUAUUUUCAACAAUAUGGCUUUCAAAAUUGAAAUAGUUGACAAAGUGUUUGCCAUUUAUGUAGAUCCAUAAAAAAAAAUAAAUCUGUGAUGCUGCUCAUUUUUAAGCUGUAUUGUUAACUGAAUGUAUAUUAUUUUUCGAGUUAUUAAAAAUGGAAUCAAAAAAUUUGGUCUAGUUAUAGAAAUCUCAAUAGUUGAAAAGAAAAAUGUUAACUGAUGGAAAGAAAAGUGAAAUACAAUUUGUUUUUUUAAUCGAAUGUUGAAUUUUGCUCAUAUUUAAGAUUUGAAUGCAGGAUUAAAUUAGAUUUUAUUAAUCAAGAUUCGCCUUUAUUUUAAGAAUAAGUGAGGCGAUAAUUGAACGAACGCUUCCAUUCGCAUUCGGUCCGCUCUCACAAAAGUACGAUUUUAUCUAAAUGUAUAUACCCAAUGAAUUUUUCAUCGUUAAAAUGUUUUGAAGCUUUUUCAUACCUUCAUUUGCAUUUUUGUUACGAGUUCAUGCAUUGAAUGAGCAAACCCACAUAUUUGAGAAUGAGUGUGUAGAAUCAACGACAAUGAAAGAGUAAAAAUGAGAGUUUCUUCAUUGCGUUUUAACGGUGCAAGAACAUCGAUAGUAUUUUGAAAGUAGUAUUCUUGUUCGAGGAUAUUACGAUGUACAAACCUGUGUAAAAAAAAAAAUUGCGUGUCGCGUGGGUGUCUAUGAGUUAGUUAAAAAAAAAAAAGCAAUCUAUCAUAGCAAAUUUAUUUUUAUAAUAUAAACGAAAGCAUGUAAAAAAUAAAUCUAUAUAUAUGAAUAAACGACAUUACGAGGCUCGAAGUAUUGCCCAUUCAAAUUCAAUAAAGUAUUGUGUAAUUGUGUA